GCCUAGGCACCUGUCCACAAUUAUCAGUGUCGAUCUGUGGGCGUAUGGUCACCGUGCCAGCCAGCGCAUGGCUGACUAUUUGCAGCGACGUAGGUGGCCCGGAUGUCGACGAGGGGCGUAUAAUUUGCCAUGCACCGACGUUGCCGAGUGCUCUUCGGCAUUUGUCAGCGAAGGAAGCUCCGAGCAACAUGGCAUCCACAGCGCAGCUCGGCUUCACGCAGGCACUAUCACUUCGCAAUCGCCCCUCGGAACAAUGUUGUCAACUCUGCGUCGCUCGCCAUUCGCCUUCAAAAAUGGGGGCUGGGACCAUCGGAACCGAAGAAAAGACGCGAGCGCGGUGGCCAAGCGAGCAGUCCGCACAUUUCUCUCGACAGCUUCGUGUCCAGCACCCCGAGGAAGGCUUCACGAGCAGGAGGUUCCACCCGCAGAGUUGGCCGCCAAGAGCAGGUCUCCCUUGCUGCAUCCAGGAUCUCGGCGUUACUUCGCACUCUCACUAAAUACACGGACGGCAUCCACUCGUCCAUUCCGUGGUCAUCUGGAUUAGAACGCAGUGAGCCCGCCCUCGCACACGUCACAACUCGGCUGUUCCUGCCUUGUAGCGUGAAGUUGCCCGUUCACGCUGCGCAACACCAUGUCGUAUGAGCAAGUGCCCUGUCCUUGCAACCAACUGGAAAGCCAGGACCGCCAGUGGACGCCGUCUUCGCCGUGUAACAUUGAAGACUGCGACUACAGCAGCCCCAGGAAAUUCAACAUGGAGCGGCACAGGUACAACCUCCACGCCUGCUUGAAACACCCUCCCCCGGGCAUGCCGGCGAGAGGAGAGAAGGUUUGCUGUGGCGAGUCGUUCUUGACGCUUCACCGGUACACUCGUCACCGCGAACUCAAGCAUGGCGACGGACACCUGUGCCGACUAUGUGGACGCCUCUUCCCCAGGCAGUCGCACCUCGAGCGGCACAUGCUCGUCCACACCCGAGAGAAGACAUACGGGUGUGGUCUAUGCGGCUACGCCACGCCGUCGCCUUCGAACCUUGAGCGCCACGUGGGCACGGCAAAGUGUCGUCGGGACGCCAGGCGGAUCGCCGCGGGUCUCGCCGAGCGACCCCAGCCGGAAGGCCUGGUGGCGAUCAUACCGGACGUCGCGACCAUGCUUGCCGUGCGUGGCUUGCUAGAGCUCGGACGCGGCGUAAGGAUCUUUGGGCGGGGCCGUUGCGCCCGUCAGCGGGCACAAGGUGUGAAAAAAAGGAAGGUGUAGAGCGUUCUUCUGAAACCCGGUGCACGUGCUUCGUGACAAGUUGUCCCGUUGUUCUUCUUUGAUCAGGGCUGCCAUUACGGACCACGUAUUCGGCUUCGACAAACAAAAUAUGCUCUUCGGUAAAUCAAGCAUUGGUGAAAUGUCCAGACUGGCUUCAGGACAACAUUAAUUUGGGCUAAAUGGUGCAUACAUGAAUUACGAAGGAACAGCGCCAACUAAGAUGAUCACGAGAGGGAGAGCGACACAGGGCUGUCCUCAUUCCUGUGUAGUUCUCACUCUCGUGAACGUCUUAGUUGGCGCUGUUCCUUCCUAAUUCAAGC